CUUGUUACAGGUAGUGCUCCGGUUUUUUCAUCCCAGGUGUAUGAAAUGUUUGAAAUGCAUAAUUCUGCUCAAAAUGAUAAUUCUGUCAUACAUAAAACUGCUAUUGAAAUAUCAAUGACAACGUGCUCUCGUUGUUUCACUUGCUGCUCUUUACUCUAUGAUGAAGAAAUUAUGGAAGGUUGGAGUGCUGAUGAAUCAAAUUUAAAUACACAGAUACUUUAUAGUUUGUCAUCACAUGUUUACCUAGGAGAUGGCAGCAAUGCCCUGAUUAUUAGGGAGAAUACCUGUAGGCAUUGUAUUGAAGAAUGCGUGAAUUUAUACUCUCUCUUUUGCAAAGCAAAAUUUGUUCCCCUCUUGACCAUAUUUGUUAAAGAUUUUAGAUGGGAUGGAUCUGAUGACAAUUGUAUGAGUCCUGCUCAGUCAUCUGAGAGUGUUUGCUCUGCACCUUCUGGAAAUCAUGAUGGCUCUAUAAGUAACCGUCCAAAGCUUCUAAAUGAGAAAAACACUCACCUUAAUAGGAGCAUAGAUUCAAAUCACAACACUUUUAUUUUGUUUGAGGAGGAAAAUGACGAUCCAAUUGAAGAGCAUACUAGUCAUGGGACUCAAGAAGGCAAUUUAAAAAAUGUUGGUUAUCAGAAAGAGACUUGCUCUCAAAAUUCAGUUUCUAGCCCUUUGGAUGAAAAUGAAAAUCCAUCCACUGCACUUGCAGAUGCUAAAUCCUCUAAGCAGUCCACUUACUCCUCUAGUAGUGAUAUCAGGAGGUUUUCUGUAUCCAUGUCAGAUAUUGAGCCAGUUACAGUGCCUUAUCUAAGUCCAUUAGUUUUAAGAAAAGAAGUUGAGAAUGUUCUGGAACAUGAAGGUGAUAACUGUAUGACAAAGCCAGAAUUUGUAGACCAACAUCCCAUUAUUUAUUGGAAUUUAAUAUGGUAUUUUAAACGCAUUGGUGUUUCAAGUCAUCUUCCUAGUCUUGUUUUAUCUGCUGAUUCUAUCACUAAAGGAAAACAGGUUUAA